GUGUUGUUGUGUGGAUUGCACACUCGGUCGUGACUUUUGUUUUGCGUGAUUGUGAAGAUUGUAACGCUUUUCGCUUUCUUCUUUGUUAAAGUUCAUACUGUAAACACGCGCAGGUUGUUUACAGACGCACAGUGCAAAAGGGUGCAAAGCUGUACAGUGUGCCGUAAGCUUCUGAAAACCUGGCGCAGGUGAAGUGAGAAGUUGUGAGCAAGUGCAACGUUUUGGGCGCACGAAAGGAAAGGUGGUGGCUAUUGGUUACAUCUUUACGCAAAAAAGCAGGGAAAAGCAGCGUGAAAAUAAACUACGCAAUGGAGGAGAAAAGCUUGCUGCUGAACGUGCACAGCAAUCUGGAACCACCGAAACCGGACGGAAACACGUUUCUGAUGCGCGGCAACUACCACUACUAUCAUUACGGGUGUGACGGAUUCCAGGAUAUGGGUUGGGGUUGCGGUUACCGUACGCUUCAAUCAAUCUGCUCCUGGAUCAUCGAGAACGGUCCACCGAAGACGGCCUCGUCCGAUGAGGUGCCCAACAUUCCCACCAUCCAACAGAAGCUGGUCGAGAUCAAGGACAAACCGGAGCGCUUCUUCGGUUCGCGCGAGUGGAUCGGCACGCUCGAGGCGAUCUACGUCAUCGACACGCUGUACGACGUGUCCUGCAAGGUGCUACACAUCGCCCGCAGCGACAGCAUCGCCAAGCACGCGGACACGCUGCGCGACUAUUUCGAGCAGUACGGUGGGUUGAUCAUGAUGGGCGGUGAUAUGGAUGCGGCCUCCAAGGGUAUCGCGGGCAUACACGUGAGCGUCGAUCAGGACGUGUACCUGCUCGUGGUGGAUCCACAUUUUGUCGGGCGCAUCAAGACGAAGGAGGAGCUGUACACGAAAGAGUACGUCAAAUGGCAGAAGGUGGAAGACUUUGUCGACAGUUCGUUCUACAACCUGUGCCUGCCGAUGUUGAAGAGCCGCGAACUGGCAGCGUAAAGGGAAAUCACUCACCGGGUUGCACUCUCUCAUAUCAUUCGUUAGUGAUAGGAAGAAACCAACAACCCCCACCCCCAGUCCUCCAGAUGGAUGCGAAGUCCUUCUGUUUUUCAUUCAACAUGGUUGUUUUAGGCUUCAGUUUUACCGUCCCCCCCUAUUGGCCAUUUUUAACCGAUGACUAGAUACGGUCGAGAGGCAUGUAUUUAUUAGUAAAUUUACCAACAAAAUCCCCUCGAUCUAUUUAUCAAGCACAUACAGAAAAAUAAAAUCUAGAUGGGGAUCUAGAGCGAAACAUUAUUGGCCAAACGAUCGUGCCCCCACCCUCACCGCCAUUAUUACAGUAGCGUUAGCGAAUGAGUCGUUUAAGUAUUCUCACUGCAUAGGGGGAAUGUAGCUGUUAGAGGUAAACUACCGAAAAUUAGUUAAGAUCACGGUUUUGCUAUCGUAUAUAACCAAAUAAUGUAUAAUCGGACGUAUGUAUAGCGACGAGUGUAAAGUGAUGUUGUAGCACAAACGAGCUUCGUUAUAAGAAGGAAAAGCUCCUUUUUUUUUCACCCUCCCUAAAGGCAAUACGGACAAAUAAGCUGGUAAGCCUCGAAGUAUGCAACCCGCAUGACAAAAUUAUACCUUUUAUUUAUUGUUUUAGAACAAGUUAGUUUGUCUCUUGUAGUAAAUUGUGUCUGUUGUUAUGCGUAAAAAUCUUUUUAGUCCUGUUGCAAAAAUGAGACGAAAUUUUAGAAGAUAAUACACCCCACUACACCGGUCCUUGGUGGUAUUUUGAUAUAUGUGUCCUCUCUCCUUUGCGAACAAUAUCCUUACAAGGGACCAACAUAAAGGAGAAACAUUGCAAUUAGAGGCGCAUACAGUGCGCGAUCAUCACUGAUCGGAAGCAGAAUCAUACAGGAAAUGGUAGUGAAAAGUGGGGAAAAACAAACUUAAACCGCAAACCCUCUAAACUAUUUUUAGAGUAAAAUAAUCGUCUAUCAGUUCGACCAUUCUUCGUCGAUUCAGAUUUGCCAUAAAACAGUUGGGGAAAAGUAACGAAAAACACAAAGGUGGUACUGGUACAAACUAUUACUUCACCAGCCACUAGAAAUUGACCAACAGGCAGGAACUUUAUUUCGCGCCAUUUGCUACCUAUUUCAGCGUAAAAUUUAGUAUCGUAAUGCAACAGAACCGUGAAAAUGCAGGAGUGUAAAACUGUCACCAACAUCACCACUGCCACAACAAACGUGUGUUCUGGCAUUUGUUGUCAAACAAAAAAUCAAAUCAAACACUAUUUCUUUAUAACAGCAAAGUAUAGUUUCCACUAUUACUUUUCCUACUUUCCAACGGGGUGAAACACACGCGCGAAGAAAGCACGAACGAGGCAUAACCACUGGCAGUGUGCAGUGAAUUUGUUAUUGGACCAUAUUUUCUGUUUAAUCGUAAUAGAGCAAUUAAUUGCGGAGGUAUUAUUAUUUACAAAUUUAACCACCAACAAAGAGACGUGUUAAAUGUGACCGUUAAAUGUGUGGAAACAAAAACAAAGGUUUAUUUCGUUGUUAUGUAUAUUUAUAGAUUACAAACCAAUCUGUCUUUCGUGGUGGACGUGUAUAACAACGGGACAGAAUAAAUAAAUAUUUACCCAUUGACCGUAAAG